UUCGAUUAUUUCGAUCGUGCUUUUAUAGUUUUAUAUUUAUAUUGCAGUUUAUCAAUAUCGCAGAAAGAAAGAGUAUGGCAGAGAAGGAUUCUUUAGCAGCAAAACUUGACGAAGAUUUAAAUAAUUACGUUGAUAAAAUGCUUGAGAAAAACAAGAACUACAAAUAUGCACAUCCAUUGAGUGAGGACAAUUGGGAAGAGGUCUGGAUAUGAAUGAAUUGUUUUAAUGAACUUCCUCCAAAAAACAGAGAACAUUAAUUUAAGAUAAGAAGAAAGUUCUCCUAAUUCCUGGGGGUCAGAUCCAGGGAAUAUUGGCAAACAGAAUUCAUCCCAGAUUGAGGACUAUGACUUCUGCAAUGAUUGUUUAUAAUAUGACCAUUAUUUUUACCCAUUGAGUGGCAGCACUCUCCCCCUGGGCUCUGACGAGUAAAAUCGUCUGGUGUUAGACAGAGUAAAAUAAUAAAGUAGGGUGCAUCUGGGCACAUUGCCACUUAAAGGGUUAAUUUUGUCUAAUUAUUCUCUAAUAAUUGAUACUUAGCAACCCCCCUUUCAUGGAACAUGAUCCAGGACAAACAACAACACUCCCUUUAGGCCAGUCGAUGUAGGGCAUCGACUUUAGUGCUCCACCUACAAGCAGGGAUGGAUCUAGCAUGAUCUGGUGGUCGUGGGGGGGGGGGGUGUGCUCUGCCAGCUCUGGUGCCGAGUUGUGUCAGUCAUGGGCUUAUUACUCAAAUUACUGUAUCUCAUUUUGUCUCUUAUUAAAUAUUCUUUUUGCUUGAUCAUGAAAUAUAGCAUCAUCUGCCCCCUUCUGGCAGGGGCUAGGGGGUGUGCACCCUGCCCCCAUCAGACAAAAAUCCAUUUAAGUGAGAACCCAUGUGAUCAGGGCCUCUGAAAGGUUGGGCAGGACCCAAAACCAGGUGGGCUCCUAAUUUUCUCAAGGCUCGAGCCUCUGACGUUAUAAUUAUGAAACGGACAAGUUACAAUAUAUUACGCUUUAUUGCAUGUUAUGUGGCACUGACACAGCUAGGGUUUAUAUUCUUGAUUAAGCAAUCUUGUAUCAAUCUUGUAUCAGGGCCUUUGUCACUUUUAGGGCCCUUUUGAAGUGGGGGCCUGGAACAAAAUGCCCUCCCUUGCAGGCCUCGAAUUUCCCUGAAAUCAAUCGACGACAAUGGCGUUAAAAAUUGCCGUAGAACGUAACAGCUGUCUACGGCAAUUUUGGAAGUUUGCACGGCAUUUUUUCAAAUUACUGUAAUAAAAUUGUUACUUUGGAUUGUUGACAAGCUAGAAACAUGUUUACGUAUUUCUUUAGUGUUCUUUUUCUCGAAGAAAACUGAGACUAAAAUAGUAAUUUACGCAUAAUUUGAUCAACAUCUGAAUUCAAGUAUCAAAAUAGUAAUGCACAGUGAGUAGUAUAUACGCCUGUAUACGGCAAAAAAUUGCUGUCAUUGCCGCAAUAAUUCACAGCAUUUUGUUCUCCCUCUACGGCAAUUGCCGCGAUUGCCACGAUAAAAUUCGAGCCCUGCUCCCUUGCCUCCCCCUCCCCCCUUCUUGGCAACACUGCAUGUAAUAUCAGACAUUGUCUAUUUGACAAGUAAAAUUGCCUACUGAGCUGCUGCUGAUUGAAACAAAUCACACGAACAAAUGUUGAUUUAGGAAUUGGAGAAUAUCCCAUUAUUCAUGACAAAAUGUCCUGAAGAAGUUGAUCCUGAAAAAGCUCCAGGAGUGGCAGCAAUGCAAGCCAUGAAGUUUGAGGAAGAUGAUCCUGAUGGUGGGUUAAAUUUAAUUUUUUUAAAUUUAGUUUUUCCAGGCCCAAAAAUUUAAAACAGUUACCUGUACUACAUUUUAUACAUGAACAAUAAAAUGCAAGCUACACAAUAUUUAAAUAAAAUUUGAUAUGCUACCUAAGGAAUUAUAAGGAGCUACCUAUUAAUAUCUAAGGAAUUAUAAAGAGCUACCUAUUAAUAAUUACAACAUAAUAAUUAUGCAUUCAUGUAAUUAUUAUUUAGUAGGCAAUACUAGGCAUAUCAAAUUGGUGAACCUAUUGGUACUAGUGCUCUCUCCUAGAUGAGUAAAAUUGGCUGUUGUUAGACAGAGUAAAAUAAUAAAACCCCCUGAUCCAGGGUAGGUGCAUUGGGGUGCAAUGCAAAUUAAUGGGUUAAUUAGCUGGACAGGUCAUUAGCUUCUAACCAGCCAGUUUAGUAUAUGCCUCCGCUAGGAGCCUGUACUUAGGAGGUUAUAUGUUUUCAUCCAAGUUUGUUUGUGUGUCUGUCUGCCUGCAUUUGUAAAUUUGUACUACUAAUGGACAUAGCCCAAGGACAAACUUUUUAAAUUUUGGUUAAAUUUGGGUGACUAUUGGAUGAGAAAUUAGCAAAAGCUUUGCCAUAUAAAGUACCAAGCAGCCAUUGAUAUUAAUUUUGUGAAACUAUAGGAUCUGAUCAACAACAUUGUCAUUGUACUGAGUUCAUUUAAUCUCAGCUUGAACCUGUAUUUGAAGUUUGUUCGUUCACAGAAACCAGGUUUAAUAUCAGCAGUCAUAUUAUUACGCACUUAUUAUCAGACAGGAAUAAGAGCCUCAUGACUGACAUGAGCUUUGACAGUCACACAACCUAAUUGGUUGGUAUUACUAGGCAGAAUGUUCCGCGCGGAGCGGAAUUUCUCUUUGUCUUUUCCAAUUAGUUCCACCCGAGAAAUCACAAGACAAAGAAAAAUUCCGCCUAGUGGAAAACGGCCUUUAGCCUCAUAACAAAGUGUGAUUGUCGACUCUCACAACUCUCAUCCUCAUGAAUUGUAUGUAGCCUCGAAUAAGGGGGUAAGUUCGUAAUAAGUUCACUGAAAUGGUAUUUUACAGUAUUUUGAGGAUAUACUGUCUAUGCGCCAGAAUACAAUUGUCUUCAACAGUCUGUUUAACAGCACUACACAACACACUGCUUACUUGCUGUUCACUUGCUCCUCUCUGGCGCCACCCUUGAUGUGGUUACUGAUUUUAAUUUUGACUUCAAAAUCAUGCCACUUUUCAUCCCGUCCCGCACGAGAUCAUGUUUAACAAACAGCCCAAAAUCGUUCAUGAAUAUUGCAUUUUCUUAAAGCCAGAGCACUUUCAUACAAGGACGAUGGCAAUGAGGAAUUCAAGAAAGAAAACUACAAAAAAGCGAUAAAGGUUUACACUGAAGGAAUUAAAGUGAACUGUUCUGAUACAGUUGUUAUGUCAACAUUGUUUGCCAACCGAGCUAAUGCACAUUAUAAGAUAGGUAAAUACAACUGAAGCUAGCGUGGUUUGAGUGUGAACUGUGAACUACCUGGCUGAAAAAGAUUAAAACACUUCGAUGUUUCUAGCGAAGGACCUUCAUCAGGAAUUUAUAAGAUACGUCAAAGUGUUUUCAAUCCUUUUUAGUUCAGUCACAAAUCAUACGUGAAAACCAAGUUAAGUGAUAAGCGCAUUGUCUGUGAACCCCUCACAUAGUCAGCAUGCAUAGCCAGAUCUCACCUAGAAAGGCUGGCCCCUGUUAUAUACAGUAAAUGAAAACCAUUUUGUGACCAUGGAUUUCAACAGUAUAUGGGGAUAUCAGUCGCCUUGAAUGGCCAAUUGGCCAGCCCUUCAAAUGCUCAUGGAUUCAUAAUUAUAUAUAUACCCUAACUCAGGUAAUGUGCCAGUGUAGGGAGUGCCAAUAAUACGAACAAGCUUUCAUUGAUAGGGAUGCAACUACCUGAAAAAUAUAAGGAGAAUUUCUACGAGCGAAGACCAUUCGUCUGAGUUCAGUAUUAAACUAAGCAGGCAUUUUGCUAGUGGCCCUUGAGAGGCAUUUUGUUAGUGGCUCUUGCGAGGCUCAUGAUGUUGUAGAUAUAUAAAGUUGACCAUAUUUAUUUAGGAAACUAUCGGACGUCUUUGAAUGAUGCGACAGAAGCUAAGAAUAUUCAACCCGGUUAUAUCAAAGCAAUAUUUCGCGGUACGUUAUUUUCAUUUUUAUUUUUUUUCGUUUUUUUAUUUCUUCUAUAUUAACUAUGUUUUCACCCAUGACGUUUCUUGCUGUACGUUAAAAUUCCGUAUAUACUAAGUAUAUACUAGGUCUAGAAUGGAUAAUUCCAGUUAUCGACUAUUUUUUUUAUCUAGACAAGAAAGACGAAAUCUAUCAUUAUAGCUCAAAAGAGCAUCCCAAAAUUAGUAAAAUUGCAAAGUUUGGUUGCAAAAUGUUGUAAAAAUGCACCAUUUUCGACUCAAGAGUAGUGCAUUUUUCCUGACUCUUCCACAGUCCCUAACAUUGCUAUUCUUGCAAUGAUUCAUGGGAAUGCGAUGAAAAUUGAGUAUAACGCAAUGGCCAUGGGAUUCCCAUCUUUCAGCGCUGAGUAAGCGACUGGGGACGAGUCAGGCAUUUUUUCGCGCGUAAUACUAAAAUACUCAACAUUUUUUUACAACAUUUUAGCAACCAAAUUUGGCAAUUUUACUAAUUUAAGGAUGAUCUUUUAAACUAUAAUAAGAGAUUUCGUCCUUCUUGUCUGGAUCAAAAUUUAGUCAAAAGCUGACUUUCCUGGAUCGAUGCAAAGUGUAAAGAGAUAUAAUUCUACUUUUAUCUAGGUGGGUGUGCAUGUAUAGAGCUGGAGCGAUACAAUGAUGCAAUUAACUGGUGUAAAGAAGGCUUGGCUGUAUCCUUUUUAUUCUAAUGCGAUUCGAGUGACGUAGUGCUACUUUAGGCGAGAUUUAUGCUGGAUAUUAAUGGAGUCAUAAUAGCGAGAUCUCGCUCACUAUUUUCUCGCUGCAUGACCAAAACUAUACAUUUUCCCACUUUUGUGCCUUAGUAUGUAUAUUCAGGGUACGUGUACAAAAAAAGCAGGCCAACUUUAUGUUGGCAUGCGUUAGAUAUCGAGUUUAUUGAUAUUUUUUUACACAGCUACAAAAUUUGGAAGAAUACAUUUAAUAACAUAUGGGAUAAACUUAAAUAAUGUUCGCAAAUGUGGUCACUUGAUUGGCAAGACACAUUAGUGUUAAUUUUAAAUUGUUUUUCUUUUAUUAUGUAUACUGCUUAAUAGACCUUUCUUAUCAUGACGUCAAGCGCGGAAAACCAAUUUAUCCCACAGGACAAUGCAAGUCGUUGGUGAGCCAAUACAUUUCAAAAAGCGUAAUUUGCAUUGCGAAUUGUCGCUCAAAAUUGUCCCUUGGGACAUCGCAUUAAGUGUUUUUCCGCGUUUGACGUCAUUAUAAGAAAGAUCUAUUAUGCACAAAUGUAGAAAGAUGUGGUUUUAACGGGCAAUUUUUAACCGACUCGUAUUUGGUUAAUUGUGAUUGGAAUGGUACAAGACCUCUAACCUAAAACUCUAAUUUGUAUUAAUGUGGCAAAAUUGAAUCUGUGCACUUAAUAUUGAGGACACAAGAGCACACUCCAUUUGGAUUGCCAUUUUAAUACACAAGUUUUCGUUGGUUGGGAUGCAAGUACCUGAAAAAUAUAAGAAGAAUUUCGACGUUUCGAGCGAAGGCCCCUCGUCUGGAGUUAUCCCGGCAGUAAUAUGCUGGGAUGGUUGAUAAUUUGAUAGGAAAACACUAAAUCAAUUUACCAGUUUUCUGAAAGUUCAUAUUCUGUAUAGCAUGUGGGUUUUUUUGUUAAUUUUUAAAUUUAAUUUAGAACUUUAAUAUACUUUUGGAGUACAUAGUUCGGGAUGUGUAUUUUGCUUAAUAUCUCUAAGCAUGAUCCUGAUCAGAAAUGCUUUCAAGAUCUCCUCAAAAAAGCAACGUUGAAACUGGUUGGUUAUUAUUUGAGUUCUGAAAAGGCUAUAUAAUUAUAUAGUCACUGAACAGUCAACAUGUUUUAUGAAGAUUAAUCAGAAUUGAAUUUUGUUCAGAAACAAUAUGAAAGAGAUAAAAGAAAGAAGGAAGCGGAAGAAAAUAAGAUGAGAAAGGCGAAUGACCGACUUAUUGAAGCUAUAAUGGUUUGUUACUUGUCAACUGAAAUUGAUUUUCUUCACACGCAAAAUUCUAUGUAAUAUAUUUUAUGUACCCACUCUUAUCAAUGUUUACCAAGAGAUGGUCAUGCAGUUCUACGGUCUGUAGAUUCAUUACGGUCCAGACACACCCGACGCGAUUCGUCAACGACACGCGAUUUUUCGAUUUUCACUGACCGAUAACUUUGAUCCUAGUUUAAAUUUUCCAAAUAUUUAGAAGCGUUAUAACAUUUUGAGUUAUUUGGUCUUUGUUCUCAUUGGAUGUUUUAUUAACUUUCAAAAACCAAAAAAUCGCGUUGUCGAAUCGCGUCCGCGGUGUGUCUGGGCCUUAAGGGCCCGUUUACACGGGCGAUUUUUGCUGCGAUUUUAGGGCGAUUUUCUUCUUCUGAUGGAUGUGAAGGAGUGGAUGAGUUAUAAAUGUUCCAGGUUAUGGAAUUUCAUAACAACGUCAUUAAGUAAUCUACUCCUUCAUAUCCUCCAAAAGGAGAAAAUCGCAACUAAAAUCGCAGCAAAAAUCGCCCGUGUAAAUGGGCCUUUAGGGAGGUUAAGAUUGACGUUUACGGCAGACCUCUAACAGUAAACAGCAAACUUCAAGUCGCAUUUGAAGGUACGUUCUAUAAGUUUGCGAAAGUUUCGACAAGUUUUUAGCUACUUCAUGCUUCAGUUGUACUGCACAAAUUGUCCUAACUUCGAACAGCUAACAGUUGACCUCAAAAUACGACUUGAAGUUUGCGGUUAGCGGUCUACCUCUCUGUUAUAUUCGUGCUGUCUCUACAUAUAGUUGAUACAUGUGCAAGAGAGACCAACUUCAAAAUGUUUAAACCAUUCCAAUGUUUAGGUCAAACCCACUAUCUGCAGGGCGGGACGAACUCGGAGUGGGAUGAGUGUAAACACAAAAUAUUUUACGAUUGAUUUCGGAAGAACGCUCAUAAUUGAGUAACAAUGAUAAUUUUAAAAACUGUAGAGAAAACAAAAUUGAUUCAUGAUUGAAGAUUGAUAUGAUUAUGCAUUGGUCUUUUAAAAGAUGCGAAACAUAUACUAGAAUAAAACUCAUUUCCGGCCCGGUCUCAUGUAAACAUAAUUCAUAUCAACCUCGUUCCCAGGGUAUUCGCGAACGAGGUUGAAUUCAUAUAAACGGGGCCAGAAAUCGUUGCCGGAGGUAGCCCAGUUCCUCAGAUUUCUUAUCUUACUCAGUCUAGAGGUGUGUCACUACGAUCUAUUCCUGGUCAGGUAAAUAAUGAAGAGGAUAGAGAAGAUAACUCAGAAGUAGACAAACUCACUGCUCUCGGGUUAAACAACCAACACAUUCCUGGGAAAGGCCAGGUCACUUUAGACGAUGAUGGAGUUCUACAUUGGCCUGUUUUGUUUGUAUACCCUGAGUAUGGUCAGACAGAUUUUAUUGAAGCUUUUAACGAAAAUCUCAGGUGAGCAGCGAUAAAAUCUUUCGGAUAGUUAUUUACUAUAGUCUAGCAAAUUUGGUAGAGUCUUGUAGAUGGAACUUGUCGAAUGGAAAUUUAUAUACAUUUAUUAAACCUAACUAGGAACAACUGCGAAAAAUGCAACUACAGGUCUCUGGCAGGAAUCGAACCUGCCACCCUGCGAUUCUGGUGUAGCUCUGUAACCAUCUGAGCACAGAGGCCAGCUGUCGAGCUCUAACCACAAGUAUAUAAAUGUAUAUAAAUUUCCACUCCAUUUCCAUCUAUACAAGACCCUUCAACUAUUAUUCAAUCGAGUGAGAUAUGCCAACACAAUCUUGAUAUUUACCCAUAACCUAACAUGCAUGGCAGUACCCUAGUGUAUCUACAUGAAGUUGUGGUUAGAUCUCGACAACUGGCCUCUGUAGCUCAGUUGGUGAGAGCACUGCACCAGAAUCGCAGGGUGGCAGGUUCGAUUCCUGCCAGGGACCUAUAGUUGCAUUUUUCGCAGUUGUUCCACUCGAUAAUUUCCAUCUACAAGACCCUUCAAGUGUUAUUCAAUCGAGUGAGAUGCCAACAAAAUCUUGAUAUUUAGCAAAUUUGGUAAACUGUUAACCGUUACAUUUAGAUUUUCAGAUAAUUUGCAAGUCAUGUUUUCAUCUCAAGACGUUCCAUGGGAUGUCGACCGCAAAUACCGACCUUCACAACUCGAGGUAUUUACUGUUCGUGUGAAUUGCAUACUCGGCCAUGCAUGCUAUGUUCAGAAGCGCAGGAAAUUGAUAGGGGGACAAGACCUUUUGGGCAAGUUAAGGUAUUCUAAGGGAUUUGCUAUAACCCAGCGAUGAUCUAGAAUGACCGCAUGUUGUUUUGGUCAGCAUUACUAACAAUUUAUGAUAACAUCGAUGCACUCAGGCCCACCAACUUUAACCCCAUAUAGCCUAUCUGUAUCGUGUCUUAUUAUAGAUUAUUAGUAUAAUUUCAGUAUUGAAAAAUGCUCCCUCAGCAGUAACUCUGAGGCAAUAAUUACUGCUCAGACUGCUUUGAGCAGUAACUAUUGCUUUUCACCCAAAAAAUGGGUGAAAAUAAACACGUGUAUUAGUUGUAUUUAUAAAUAAAACUUUUUCAAUACUGAUAUUAUAACAUUACUAAAACAAUUAAAUAGCGCUGACCAGAACGAUAUAGUCUUUGCUUCUUGCAUUACUGAUUCUGUCUUUUCAUUCCUUAUGCAUCAUUUUACAAUUUUCAAAUAACGAUUUAUAAUUUUCGCGUUAGAUAUAUUUUGAGGACGUAGAAAAGAAUGCCUUGGUUUUUGUUACACAAUCAACUUGUCUGGCAAACGUUCUAUCAAAUCCAAGGUAAACAUACGUAUUUUAAGCCUCUGUAACAAAAUUCUGAAACAAGUAGUGAAAUGCCCGAGUUUACUUUAAAAGGAUAUAUAUAAAAAAUAAAUAAAUUAGGAUAUAAAAAAGUAAAUAAGAGAAACAAUUUAUUAUUUUUGUAAAUACUAUAAAUUAUAACACAGAUUAAACGAACAAUUAAUAAAAUUACUAUAAUAAUUUUGCUGCACUAAGCAACCCUAUGUAAUUUUUCUUUUUAGGUAUGUUGUGUAUGGAGGAACACCGUCCUUUAUUAUUUUAGUCAAAGACACUCCUUUUCAAGAGCAAUUUAAGACGAAAUACAACUUGGACAGGUGAUCCCUCGAGAUCUAUUAGUGUUUCAAGCGAAAGUGGAAUAUCUAACGAUCAAUUAUGUCAGAGAAACAAGACUAAAAUCUCAUGAAUUGGGGAAUGAGCCUUCUCACGCCAGGAAACAUCCACCUUUUUUGGGUGGUAAUCCUCACGGGGAAAGUACACGCAACAAAUUUAGUGGAGUAAAAACUACUAUAUACUUCACCUAAUCACUCCCUCGCUUGUUGUCAUUCUCUCUUGGUGCUCGGUUUGCUAUCCAAAAAUGACGCACAAGGCCUGGUCGCAUGGUGUGAAUAAUUCAAAGGAUUCCCAUUAUUUAGAUCAAUGACACAAUUUUCAAUAUACGACAAUAAAUAUAAAGUGAGUGAUGCAACUUAAGCUUGGUUCACACUAGCAAUUCUGUCGGCGAUUUUUCUCCUGGCAAAUGUGAUCGAAUGAAUGACAUGCAAAAGACUUAGAAUUUGUUUACUUCUUAAAAGCGACUCUAUACUUGUGUGGGAGUUCACUCAUUUGCAUCGGUCAGAAAUACAAAAUCGCGGACAAAAUCGCUUAGUGGCUGUAGUGUGAACCUGGCUUUAACUUUGCCCGCGGGAACAGUUAAGGCCUGGUCCACAUUCAAUUAAUAAUUAUAUAAGCAUUUGUUUGAAAACACAAACUGUUCUGUUUUCACAACAAAAUACGCUUAAAUGCUGAAAUCGCUUAUAGUUCACGGUACAGGAUGUAAUUCAUAAGUCUUCAAUGUAUUUCAGUACAUGUUGGUAUAAUUUUAUUGACGGACUAGUUCUAACCAUUGAACUAGAAACUAGAAGUAAACGGUUCUAACUUGACAUGCACAGUGAGCUCUAUAUAUAACUGGAGCAAGAACGUCAGUCAUUCGACCUACGAGAAUGAAGCCAAGAUGGUAACCUGAGCAUAUAUAUAGACCUUCGCGUGUGGGAUGCGAAUUUUAGGACAGCAAAAUGAAAGUCUGCUCAUGCUACCAAAAUGGCGGAAUUGACGUACAGCGUCUAUGAAGGUCAUAAACAGUUUUCAUACCAUUUUUCCAGUUUUUUUCUAACGGGCCAUAUCGCUAAACAGGUUAUCCGUUCAUAAAACCCAUAGUGUUAUUCUGUAAAUCGAGGUCAAAUCCGCGCAGACAAAAACAGUGGAACUAAGGGCUGGAACUGACGUCCAACAGCUUCAUCUUGGCUCACUUUUUGGACUCGAGUUCUCACUCCAGAUAUAUAUGGAGCUCAUUGGAAAAGCAACUCUGCAUAUUAAAAUUGUAAAUAUUGUGUGCUAUAUUUUCACCAUAGAUAUCUUGUAUACACUAGAUAGUGCAUCUAAUUAUUCUGCAAUUCGAAAAUUGAAGCCGUGAUUGCAGACUCAGGAUAUUCCCAUGAAAUGAGAAGACUCGUAUGUUUUCUAUUUCUUAAACAGAGAACUUAAACAUUAAGUUAAACCUAUUCCAAAUACAUUUUCAAACUGUUCAAAUGAUGAAAGUUAUUGUUGUUUUUAAGCGUUUAUUAGCGAGUGGGAAACUUCAACAUGGCCGCCAUCUAUUCAAAUGGGGGUAACCGCUGGAAUAUUCUUGUCUUCAAUUUUACUUAAAGAGAUGCACUAUCUAGUGUAUAUAAGAUAUCUAUUAUUUUCACCGUCAGAUCCAAUGAUUUGUAACGAAGACAUUAUGUAGAAAGAGACAUGAACAGAGUUCAUAAGACCUUUCAUUUUAUUGUUCUUUAUGAACACCAAAAACGGAAAUUUCACCACUUUGAAUUUCCGAAGAUUGUGAAUCCCUUGUUGAGCGUAUAGACGGUGCAUGGCUAGUCGAUCGCUGCACAGCUAAACCUGAAUUUUGUCGCUGCAUGUGUAAAAUUUUUUUAUCAAUAAACUCAAUAUCAACGCAC